AUGCAGGAAGAGCUUAAUGAGUUUGAGUGUAACAAAGUAUGGAGACUGAUUCCAACUCCGAAGGAUGCAUUAGUGGUCGGAUUAAAAUGGGUAUUUUGGAAUAAGCUUGACAAAGAAGGCAAUGUCAUUAGGAACAAAGCACGAAUGGUUGUAAAAGGGUAUUGCCAAGAGGAAGGCGUAGACUAUGAAGAAAACUUUGCACUAGUAGCAAGGCUAGAAUCUGUUUGGAUUUUCCUUGCCUAUGUAGCACACAAGAACUUUGAAGUCUAUCAAAUGGAUGUAAAAUGUAUGUUUCUGAAUGGUGAAUUGGACGAAACAGUUUAUGUAGAACAACCACCUGGUUUCGUAAAUGAGAAGUAUCCGAAUGACAACUACAUCUUGGAUAAGGUUGUGUAUGGUUUAAAACAAGCACCACAUGCAUGUCUUGAUCGAAAAAGUACAACAGCCGGAUGCCUGUUUCUAGAUGGCAAACUAAAAAAUUCGAAAAACUCCAAAUUUAUUUUUCUUUGUUUAUUUUUUCUUCAUUUGAAUAUUACCUGGGAAGACGCUUCUGAUUCAGAAGCUAUGUUACUAAAUGUUCCUGUUCAUAAUCUCGUUGUGAAUGAAUACCAAAAGAAGCCUGGAUCAGGUGUUCAUCCGAUGCCAGAAGAUCUGCUAAAGGCUAUUAAUGAGGCAAAAAACCCAAAUGUGAGACAAAGCAAAAGGAAGGAAAUCGAGGAUACAACUACGACUUCAAAGCCAUUGGUGUUGGAACCCAUUCUAAUAGAAUCUAUUCCGAAGAUAUCAUCUCCGAUUUGUACUUCUAUUCCUUUAACAAAUGAUUUCUUCCGGGUGCCUUCUCCUCCACCUUCUCUAAUCACGACUUGUUCUCCACUUACAACCACUACACCUAUCACCCUUUCUCCAUUACCCAUGAUUUAUGUUGGUGUUUCUCAACCCUAUAUAUCUGAUCCUUUAUCUACUCCCCUAUAUACGCAUUCCACCGCAACCAUAACCACCAUUAGUACUCCUAUGUCGACUGUCAAUGUAUUUGAUAUAGGGGCAUCUAAUUUUGGUGUCGCUGUUGGUCCAAACACCUCUACCGGUUUACCUUUAAGAGAAGAUGAUCCUGACAUCGGCUUUGGGAUGAACAUGAUAAUUUUCAAGAAUUCAUUUUUACUCCUUUCACAGUUCAUCAAGAAAGUGAUGAUGACGACGCUCCAAUGA